UGUUGAUAUUCCGUCGACUUGAUGCAUAAGCUGGACCGCGGCACAUUUUUUGACAACGGAAAUGAGUCGCCACUUUUUACAGCGUCAAGUUCGUGGCUAAAAGUUUUCUUUCCUCUUUUUUUUUGUGCUUUAAGGAACUGUCUUGUGCACUCACCAUGAGAGAGACAGCGACGGGCUCUUUGACACGCAGCUUCUCCUCCGGUGUCCAGUUUCUCUCGCUCCUCUCCGCCGUCGUUUUGACUUACUUUAGAUGCUUCUCGACACACUUCCGUUAUGCAAAGUCCAACUUGUUGGUUAGUCGUCGUGCUGCGGUGGGUUCCCAUCCGAGAUAACGGAGAAUGUGACAGUGAUUCUCAGCCGGUCUGGUUACUGCAAUGAAUGGUAACACUAUCCAUCCAGCCAACACCACCACAACAGCAGGAGGAGGCCCAGGCUUGGCAGCACCCCCAAGAGGCUGGAGGGAAUUCUGCGAGCUACACGCCAUCGCCACAGCCCGGCAGCUGGCCGGACACUACCAGAGCUUCGCCAGAGAGCGGCCCCAACAUGACGUCCUCCCACCAGAGACCUUUUCCAAGCAGUUCACUGACCUCUUCCAGCAGCACUUCUGCUGUGAGGUCGACAAAGAUGGCGCUCCGCUCAGCCAGAUUACAGGCUCUACUGCUACCAGUAGUGCUUCCUCCACCACACCAUUAGAGGGUUUAAUCGGUCGAUUGCGGUUCACAUCUUUGUCAGGAGUGCAGGAUUAUAGGGAGGCUGGCCGGCCAAGUGGAGGAGCAGCACAGUUUAAUGUGGUGUCACCAAAAGUUGAGCCUGUGGUGUUGAGACGUGAACAGGAGCAACCACUGCGAUGCUCAGCAGGAUCUUCCUUUUCAGGAAACCAGGUGGUGCUCAGAAGUUCCAAUCGUAGUAUCGGCGGCGGGUCACUGCUGAUUCGCAGCCGUAGCAAUGAGGAUAUCUCGGGCACAGACCGUCGCCAGGUAUCUGAACGGUACUCCUCUGAUUCCUCGACCUCUAACCCUGGACAUGCUGACGUCACACAUUUCUCUGUCAGUCAAAUCAGACAGACCGUGAGGCGGCUUCUCAAGAAACGGCCUGUUCCCAGCCCCCCUUCAUCCCAGGACCUGUCUCUUAGCAACCCUACUUCAAACAACAACAACGAUCCCCCAAAUAAUGUCGACAGAGUGGGCUGCAUUUCCUCUCCAAACGAAGAGGUGUCGUCGUCCUCUUCGUCCCACUCUUCGUCUUGUCUGAACUCUGAAGCCACAACCCCGACGUCUUCACUCGUGGCGGGGGUUGCCUCUAACUUUCUGGAUCGAUUCCGUCGGAUACGUGUCGGGAGUAUGAGGCAGAGGAGGUCAGAGGGGAGUGGCUGCUGUAAGGAGGGCUCACUGAGGUACUUGCUGGUAGAUGACACUAUCUCGGACUCUCAGCCCCACUGGCAACGCUGCCGCCUGCUGAUCAGGAGGAUCAGGGAUGCUCAAGGAGGAGGAGGAGGAGGAGGAGGAAGAGGAGGAGGGGAGAAGUACCAGUUGGAGCUCUAUGAUCCUCCAAAGGCCUCCAGUCCCAAGCUGACGACUCACUGCUCAGAUAUCCAAGAAGUCCGUCGUUGCAACCGUCUGGAGAUGCCUGACAACUUAAACACAUUCGUUUUAAAGGUUAAUCGAGGUAGUCUGAUAUUUGAGACAGACAACGACCAGCAGGUCAGCUCUUGGACUACAGAGCUAAAAGAGUGCAUCAGUAACAGAUCGGGCAGUGUGGAACUGGAGCCCCUCCCCUCCCCAGCUGAAAGCUCUGCUUCAACCAAUCACAGAGCGGGCAUAGAGUCAGGAGGUCAAAAAAAUUUAUACCGCUCUGUUCCUCCGUUCAUCCCCUCCUCAGCCCCGGUCAACUUCCCCAUGCCGGAGCAGGUUGUCCAGAAGACGGAUCACUUCCUUUUCUCGUACCCUUGGUUCCACGGGUCAAUCUCCAGAGUGAAGGCAGCCUACCUGGUCCAGAGCUCCGGACCUGAGGGACACGGUGUGUUUCUGGUCCGACAGAGUGAGACACGUAGAGGAGACUACGUCCUCACGUUUAACUACCAGGGGAAAGCAAAGCACCUGCGCCUCUCUCUAACAGAAUGGGGUCAGUGCAGGGUUCAACACCUGCGCUUCCCUUCUGUCACGGACAUGCUCAGUCACUUCCGCCUUUCCCCAAUCCCGCUCGAGUGUGGAUCCGACCGGGCCGUCACGCUGUCCAGCUUCGUCGUAGCGGGCUCCAGCCCUCCGUCACAGGGUCAGCUGUCAGGCGCUCUCCUCGUCCCGUUCUCCCUCCACAGGUGGAGCUCUGAGCCCAGCCUGGCUCAUUGCAGCUUGGCUCGCAGCUCCGCCCCCGGCACCACCUCCACCUCUGGCCCCAGCUCUGUCUCCCACACGAGGAGCCACACAUCCACUCGCACCAACCCCGCUCCCGACCCUCCUCCCUCAGCCCUGGCUCCUCUUCGUCGAAGUGAAUCUGUGGGCAGGAGACCCCUGCUACGCCACCACCCCAACCCCCAACUCCCUCACCGGGACUCGGACUAUGAGCUGGAACCCGACCGAGGGCGCAAGCGGGCAAUAGACAACCAGUACAUGUUGCUCUGACUGACAGUCACACUCCUCCAUCAACUCUUACUGACAGCUGUCACACAUGAUCACGCACACAUCCGUACACACUUUGAUACCCGCACUCAGCUUCAUAUGGACAUGUGAGACUCUCAGAGAGAACAGGAUGCUAACACAAUCACAGCAGACUUGUGAACUUGAGCAGAAAAAGUCUUGGUCUGAUUGAUGUGCAUGUGUAUUUCAAAACACACAUACACACACUCACUUUGAGAGUGUGUUGCCAGUGUCAGACUCUCACAACCUCCCCCAUGUGUCCACAGUGAAUGUAUUUUGGGAGUUUUCUAACUGUGUUGAACGUGAUGAUGAUGAUGAUGAUUCUAGUUUUAUGAUCUUGAGGUUCUGGGAGAGGGAGGAGGAGCUGCACGUGUAGCUGUCCUCCAAAGAAAAUAUUUUUAAAUGCUCCUUUUCCUCUGAACUCACAGAGGCAUGCUUGAUUUAACAUGUUUGGCACUUAACCUUUACUAAUGGUAAGUAACAGCCUGUGAAAUUUGUUAAAUCAAGUGCUCAAUUAAAAUAUUUAUAAGACAUUUAGUCCUCACA